AUGGCCAAAUUCUCUUUCAUUUCAUAUCUCUUCUUCCUCUUCGCGGCGGUCCUCUGUGCCGGCGUCGAAGCCAGCUACGGCCGCAUUCCUACGCGUGUCAAGGAGGGCCAGAGUAUCCAGCGCGCCAUCAACCGCGCGCAGCCCGGAGACACCAUCCUCGUGGGCAAGGGCACAUACCGCGAGCAGAUCACCAUUAGCAAGGAUGGCAUCCGCUUGAUCGGCGACAAGGCCAUCCUCCGGCCCCCCGUCACAGCACCCAAGAAGCCCAACGGCUGCGUCGGGCUGGCGGGCGACGGUACGGCGGCGGGCAUCUGCAUCAUCGGACCCAAAGUCAAGCUCGACCCCUUUCCCGGCCAGGAGCACCGCAAGGUGGCGUCCGUUGACAGAGCCGUCCGCGACGUGCGGGUCGAGGGGUUCGAGGUCCGCGACUUCCAAGGCCUCAACAUCGCCAUCGUUGGCGCCAAGAACACCGAGGUCAAGCACAACACGGUCGUCGACGGCACAGCCUACGGCAUCCUGACAGUCGGCUCGGUGGCGACGCGCAUCACCGGCAACAAGGUGUCGUCGUCGUCGCUGCUCUUCAUCGGUAUCUGCAUGGACGACAAGUCGGAUACCAACGGGGCGCGCGUAUCUCACAACACGGUGCGCAACUGCUGCGCCGGCGCCUUUGUCGACCCCGGCAUCGACGGCGCCCGCGUCACGGACAACCGCAUCAGCGACUCGAACCCGUUCUGCCCAUCGGCCGGGGGCGUCUCCAUCGCCGGCGCGACCAACACCAAGGUCUCAGGCAACAAGAUCUCGGGCAUCACCGACAACGGCAAGCCGGAACUCAUCUCCUCGGGCAUCGCCAUCUUCGACUUCCUCGGCCGCGUGGCCUCGAACAACGUCGUCGUCAACAAUGUCCUGAAGAAAAACGACCAGGACCUGCUAGUCGACACCACCGGCGCGAACAACAAGGUUGCCAACAACAACUGCGCGACACCCGAGGCUCUCUGCAAGAAGUGA